GUACAUGUGAUUUUGAAAGGUUUCCUCUACAGAAUGUUGUGGAAAAGUGAAACCAGCCAGGUCCGUCUGAAACAAACAACUUAGCUAGUUAGACAGUCCGUAUCAUCACCAGCUAGGACGUACAUUUCUCUAAAGUGCGAUAUUUAGUAUCUGUGAUGUCUGGUCACGGACAUGGUGGGCACAGCCACGGCUGCUGUGAAGACGAGCACGAGCCAGCGGAACGGGGCCUGGAGUAUGCACUGUAUCAGCGCAUUGACAUCGAGAAACUGCAGUGUCUCAACGAAACAAGAGAAGGCGAUGGGAAACUAGUGUUUAAACCAUGGGAUCAACGGACUGACAGGGAGAAGUUUGUCGAGAGUGAUGCUGAUGAAGAGCUCCUGUUCAACAUCCCGUUUACUGGAAGUGUCAAGCUGAAAGGGAUAAUCAUCGCCGGUGAAGACGAUGAAUCGCAUCCUGCUGAAAUGAGACUGUACAAGAACAUACCCCAAAUGUCCUUUGAUGACACAGGCAGAGAACCUGAACAAGCCUUCCGUCUCAAUAGAGAUCCACUGGCUCAGCUGGAAUACCCAACUAAGAUUGCCCGUUUCUCCAACGUUAAUCACUUGUCCAUUCACAUAUCACGGAACUUUGGGACAGAGUCCACACGGGUCUACUACAUUGGGCUGAGAGGGGAGUACUCCCAGGCUCACAGACAUGAAGUGACUAUCUGCAACUACGAGGCGUCCGCUAACCCUGCAGACCAUAAAGUCGACAGCAUCAUCCCACAAACAAAUUUCAUCUCCUGAGAGAAAGUAGGGGUGGGAAAGUUGCAUUGACAGAUAUGGGUCAAAAGGAAGUGGUGAUGGAUACUUAGGCCUGCUGGGUGAACUUUGUUAUUGGAGGUCAGGUAUGAGUAAUACUGAAUAUCAGUGUCUAAUCUGGAUUUGCUCAGUUGUUGCACUUAUUGUACCACAAAGAGUGGAGGCUGAAAGAAGUGAGUCAAUUUUCAUUUGGGUAAUGAAUACAUUUAACGCCACUCACUGGUAAUGCUGUGAUAAAGCGUCAAAAGCUUCAGUGCUUUUAUCUAAAAUAUCUGGAGACUGUGCCACCUAGUGGUUUGUUGUAAUAUGACAACUUGUCUCAGCAAAACUGGAAUGACUCCAAUGUCACCUGCAGUGGGAGAUUACUCACAUUCUUUCUCAUCCAAGCUCUGAAUGGUUUAGCAAUAAUGUGAACUUUUUGACACAAUCAAAGUAGAUCAGCAUAACGUUUUCAUUUGAAUAGAUUAGAUUUGGGGCGGCAGCGUAGCCUAGUGGUUCGAGCGUUGGACUAGAAACCGAAAGGGUGCUGUUCUGCCCUGAACAAGGCAGUUCCUAGGCCGUCAUUGAAAAUAAGAAUUUGUUCUUAACUGACUUACCUAGUUAAAUAAAGGUACAUUUUUUUUGACCCAUAUACCCAAGUGACUUGCACACUGCUUCCUUUGACACUCACCAAACACGAAAGCUAUUUAACUCGUGAUUUCAUUGCAUUAUUAAUGAGGUGUCAUUGCUGCCAGUUGCUGAAUGUGAUUGCUUUGUGCGACGAGUUGGGAAUUUGAGGAAAGUGCUGUAUGCCUAGUCUAAGGAAUAGAAAAUGCCCUCUGCUGUUGUGUGUGUGAUGUAAUUAUUUGACGAAUAAAGUUAUGUUAUACA